AUGUGGGCUCCUGCAUUCGGUGCCAGUUCCGACAUAUUAUCAUCGUUUAUCAAUAGAACGUUACUGGAUAGUCAUCCUGACGGACCUCAACUGAAUUUAAGCCAGAGCGGAUCAACCACUACCAUGAAUCAACAGCCUCAAUUCACUAACGAAAUACCCAAUGUUUUAGUUUCUGGGCUUCAAUCUGCUAUUACAGCUAAUAUGGCACAAGCCAAUACACUAAUAAAUCACCAAUCCCAAGAGCAAACUGCUCAACAGAGUACUGAAUUCGAUGAUAUAGAAGAACAACUACUAGCGUAUGCUAAACAACAGUCAUUAAGUUAUCAAUGGGAUAAUCUAGAUUAA